AUGAAUAAUAAAAUUUUUGUCUCCCAAUUACCAUGGUCCGUUUGCAGAGAAGCACUCAAACAACAUUUUUCAAAAUAUGGUUCAAUCAAUCAUUCCUAUGUUGUAGUCGAUAAAGUUACUAAACGUUCAAGAGGUUUUGGUUUUGUCACUUUCGAUCAAUCAGACUCCGUUCAAAAGGCCAUGGAAGCUGAAAAUGAAAUGGGUGGUAGAAAAUUAGUUGUCUCCUUUGCUCAAGAGAAAACCGAAAAUAAUCAACAAAAACCAACAGACAAUUAA